UCAUCUCUGUUUCCCCUGCUCUCUGAUAACAUUCUACAGAACUUAAAGGCGAUGACGGAGCUUUUUAUCAGAAGUUAUUUUUUACUUCCAUUUUUGCUGUUCAUUCGUUGAAUUAAAGAGCAGUUGUGCAGGAUUAAAAAAAUAUUUUUUUAUCAAACAUCAGAUUUCAAAGGGAAUUUUUCUUGUCGCCAGUAAGUGGAAGAAAAUAGCGCCAGUCGCGUGCUCGUGCAGGAAUAGGGAUUUAAAAAUCGUCUGCUUACUGCACGAUGGUUUCGAUUGCCGGAUUUUGUGCGGAAUUUAUCCGCAUUUUAGUGACGUUGACCCGUCCGCUGUCCGACUAUGUCCUUCAAUUUCUUUACGGUCUUUUCAUGGGAGCGACGAAGCCGUUGCCACCAAUCCAGAACAAAAUUCUGCUCAUCCCUGCUACAGAACUUGCGGAAAAAAUACGGAAGAGACAGCUCAGCUGUGAAGAGAUAAUGAAAGCCUAUAUUGAAAGAGCGAAAGAAGUCCAUCCUUACAUCAAUGCCGCUGUGGACGAGCGCUACGAAGAUGCCUUGAAAGACGCUCGGAACAUCGAUAAAUUUUUGGCCAGUGGUGUGAAAUCUGAAGAAGAUAUUGCAAGAGACACGCCACUCCUUGGCGUUCCAUUUACCUGCAAAGAGGCCAUUGGUGUGAAAGGCAUGAAGCAGACUUCUGGACUGGUCCGGCACAAGGACCACGUGGCCGAGGAGGACUCGCAUUCGGCAGGCUUUUAUCGCAAAGCUGGCGCCAUCCCUGUCACAGUGACUGACGUCCCAGAGCUCUGCAUGUGGUGGGAAAGCUCGAAUCAUGUGAACGGUCUCACGAAGAACCCUUACGACAACACCAGGACGGUCGGUGGAAGCUCUGGAGGGGAAGGUGCUAUCAUCACUUCCGCUGGUGCCCUUUUCGGCAUCGGAAAUGAUAUUGCUGGGAGCAUUCGAAUUCCUUCAUCUUUCUGCGGAAUUUAUGGACACAAACCUUCGAAAGGUGUAAUAUCUAACUGGGGGACCUUCCCUUUUUGUCAAAUAAGAACAGAACACCCUGACAGAACUAUUGAAUUUGUAAGCACCGGACCUAUGUGUCGCUACGCUCAAGAUUUGCCACUGCUAGUGAAAGUCUUGUCUGACAACGACCAAAGGUUGCAGCUAGACACAAAGGUGAACUUUCGAAACGUCAAAGUUUAUUACAUUGAAGAGUUCCCAGGAUUACUGCAUACAGCAACGCCGGAUGUUAAAAGCGCUAUAAGAAAGGCGGUUAGACAUUUUGAAGACCAGUACGAAGUUACGGCCACGCCCAUCAAAUUUCCUGAACUGAGGCAUGCAUUCUCUAUCUGGGAGUGCGAGCUAUUGGAAUACGACGGAAUGCCAUUCAGUUUCUACCUGAAAGGCGAGGACAAGAGCAUCAACUUGUGGUGGGAACUAUUCAAAAGCAUCUUCCGAUGCUCCGACCACACCUUGCCGGCUAUCUACUUCGGAAUGGUUGACAGACGCACAAAGGACAAAUUUUACUAUUUCUGCUUGGAGCAAUUCAAGGAACUGGAGCGCAAAUUUAAAGAGAUCUUUGAAGAAGAUGCCAUACUAUUUGUUCCAACUCAUCCCGAGCCACCCCCUCAUUAUCUGAUGACUAUCCCCAUGUAUCCGAACAUUGCCUACACUUGUAUAUUCAACAUCCUAGGUUUACCAUCGGCACAGAUACCUGCAGGACUGAGUAAGGGGGUGCCAAUAGGUAUCCAAGCGGUCAGUGGUCAUUUGAAAGAUCAUAUCUCCAUAGCAGCUGCUCUAGAAUUGGACAAAGUGUUCAAUGGGUGGAUUAGUCCAUGUCCCAUCAAUGCAUGAAAAGAUCAAAUGUGAAUUGGCAAUUCAAAUAACUGACAUGUAUUGGUGAAAUACCACUUUAUUGUCACUUUCGCACCCUUGUGAAAUCUUAUCGAUGCUAUUAUUGUCUUUGGUUAUAUUCAGAAAUGUUUUUAAAACAGCAACUUGCAAAUAUUUUGCUUUUUUUAUUGAUCAACAAGUAUUCAUUUCAUUUUUUUUACCAUUCACAUAUGAAUUAAAUAUUUUUGAAGAAUAA